AUGCCCGAGCCCAUGAGCGGCACCUCCGGCUCCGGCUACAAGGUGCGCGUGGCGGACGUGGACGGCCCCCAAGACGCGGACUGCUCGGACGAGUUCUACCUCAUUGCUUCCGCCGAAGCACCUGUGGUUGGGGGUCCUGACGCCCCGUACCUGAUCGUUACCUCCCCGUCAACAGGCGACAUGGCGCAGGCAGGCGGAGAAUAUACCGUUGAGUUCGACUACGACAAUGGAGUCGGUUCCCGAGUGGACCGAUUCAAGAUCGACCUGUACUCUAUCGGAGGGACCGGCGACUGCGGCACCUGGGUGAUGAAUCUCUGCGACAAGGAAGCCAUCGGCUGCAAGGACUCGAUGGGAGACUACGACGUGGAGAUCCCCGACACCGUUGUCGACGGCAUGUACUCGAUCCGCGUGGGCCGCUUCGAGGACGACGCCCUGUACGGCUGCUCGGGCGAGUUCGAGAUCGUUGGCUCCUCCUCCGGGGAAGGUUCUGGGGAAGGUUCUGGAGGGGACGGGGGCGCCGGUAGCGGCAGCGGCAGCACGAGCAGCGAGUCCGGCUACGGCGGCGGCGUCGGUGUGGGCAGCAGCGGCAGCAGCAGCGCCAACGGAGGCGGUUCCGGUAGCGGAGGAGGCUCGAUGGGCAGCAGCAGUGCCUACGGCGAGGGAGACGGCGAGGGCGGCGGUGUCAUCGGUGGCGGAGAUGGGGGUACUGGCGAGGGGGAGGGGGAGGGUGAUGACCUCGUCGGCGGUGGUGUCAGCAGCGGCUCGGGGGCGGGCGCGGGCAGCGGUGGUAGCGGCAGCAGUGCCUACGGCGAGGGAGACGGCGAGGGCAGCGGUGUCAUCGAUGGCGGCGAUGGGGGCACCGGCGAGGGGGGAGGGGAGGAUGAUGACCUCACGGGCGGUGGUGGGAGCUCUUGAGUUUUCUUUUUGAGGGUCGGGCAGCGGGGGAAGGGCGGCAGUGGGCUCGGGGUUCCCCGUGCCUAGGCUCUGACUAUCUGUCUGUGCGUCUUCCGUGUCCCAGGAAGCGUUGAUGUGUUGUACCACAGAGCGUGACGGGGGAAAAGUGAAAGACAAGAAACUGCUGCUGCUGUGUGGUACUCCGUUAUGGCUGUGCCUCUUUUCUUUUUUUUUUUUUUUUUGAGCGAGAAUGUGAAGGUUUUUUUUUUUUUUCUUAAUAUGACUGUUUUUGUGUCGAGUGCGUUGUGCGCGCUACUCCUUUGGUACGCGCGCCGGACAGCAUGGUGAAGAAAGACAUGGAGAUGGGUCAGGGAUCGAGAGAGAAAGAGCAGGUGGCUGUCCUUUUGUUUAUUUUUUUGUUGUGUGUCGUGGUGGUGUCGGAGGGUCGGUCGGUUGGUCGGUCGGUGUGUGUGCCGUUUCCAGCGUGCCCGGCGUCGCAACUGCCUUGUGUGUGUCUGCUGUGUCUUAAUUGUUAGCAUCGGCCGCGUUAACCGGCUGACCAAUGAAAAUACGUCAGUCUGUUCUUGUGUGCGUGUGUAUGUGAGUUUUCAACUCGCGUCGGCGGCGGUAACAAGCACGCAGGGACGUUUACCUUGCGCACGCAGAAGAACUAGCUCCUGCUCUCGCUGCUGCUGUCUUGUGAAUUUUGUUGUCGUAGCGAAUUCAACCGCGCUUGGCCGAUGAGCAGACGUUGACCUUUCGAAUGUUUGCGUUUCUCUGUUUUGUCCACAGCAGUAGUUUUGUUCCCGCGCAAUCUACGCACUGCGCGCGACUUUUUUUUAAGUUUCUCUGCAAAGCCCGAUCGCAGUUUUUGUUUGGAUUUUUCUUGUUUAGUUUGGCGUUGCGUUCGACACUGCUGUAAUUUUCGGGUAUUUUAACAGUACAAGCGUUUCGGCACUUGCAUGCAUAUCCAUACAAGAGGGGCGAACCCCCGUGUACCGUUAUGGUAGAAGCUGAAAAUAUGUAGCCGUGUCAAUACGGACGGUUGUUUUUGUGUUGUGGGCUAUUGUAGACUCGUUGUUUGUUAGCCGGUUCGUCUUGACGGAGAGGACGGGUAUUGACGAUUUAUCGUGCCCUGGGGCAUGCUGUUAGAUGUUUUAAUAAUAUAUUGUGUCCGAUUUCA